CAAAACGCGGUUAUAAUCACGGGCUAUUCCUUUUGCCCUACUUGAAACCUUUUCUCUCACACCAACCACCAAUAUAUUAACCCCCACUCUCUUGCAUUCUUCACACACAACAUCCUCAACCAACAACAACAACAAAAUCAACAUGCAGCUCCAACAAGAAUUUCUCGUGGUUUCCAAGGAUGACACUCAAAUGAUCAUCAAAGGAAAACGCACCAAGCGUCAAAGGGCACCAUCCCCUCUUAGGCUACUCAUGCCUAAUUCAACCUCAAGUAGCACCAACAAUUCCAAUUCCAUUGAUAGCACCACAACCACCACCACCAUUGAAUUGAGACAAGAUGAAGACAUGGCCAAUUGUCUCAUUCUUCUGGCUCAAGGCAGGCACCACGUGACAGCACCGGCAUCACGUCAUGAUGAUAACGAGAACAACAACGAUAACAAUGAUGAUAACAAGUCAACAAGGCUAUACCUUUACCAGUGCAAGACUUGCAACAGAUGCUUCCCUUCAUUCCAAGCCCUUGGUGGACACAGAGCCAGUCACAAGAAGCCUAGGCAAAACGGCACUUUCUCAGAAGCAGUUACAACUUUUGAGAACAAUAUUGAAGAGAAUAUUAAUGAUCGUUAUGAUCCCACCACAAGUACCACCCUCUCCUUGAAAAUACCAAACACCAGCACUGGAACUGUUUCUACAACGAAAGCCAAAGCUCACGAGUGCUCUAUCUGUGGUGCUGAGUUCUCGUCAGGGCAAGCCUUGGGGGGCCACAUGAGGAGGCACAGAAGUCUUGUGCAUGCUUCCAUGACAACGUCUAUGAGUGGUGGAAAUGUUGUUGCUGGUGGUAGUGGUAGCCAUGAAUAUCAAGAAGCCAAAAAACCCUUCAAGUUGGACUUGAAUCUUCCAGCACCCGAUGAUGAUCAUAGAGAAUCCAAGUUUUCUUUUCAGCAAAGAGAAAAAGUGAUUGUCUUUUCUAAAUCUUCUUUGGUGGAUUGCCAUUACUGAAGUUCUAGUUUGCGUUUUUCUAUGAAGUAAUACCACCCCAAGAACCAAUUUGUAUUCAGUAUCAGUUGACCUCACUUUCAUUUUACUUUUUUCGUUUGAACUUGUAUAUGGUGAUUCUUUCCAUUCAUUCUAUGGGAUACAAUUAAUGAAAAUUGAAUUCAUUU